CAUGUAUGUAGAGAAAGUAGUCUUUGAAAGCUUACAAGUUCUCAAGUACUGGCUUCCAUGGCAGCUUCAAGUUCAUCAACCCUCAAGGCAUUGAAACACCCAUCACUCUUCAGAUGUUCAAAGCAAAUCCGGGAGCAAAAGGCGCGGCUUUAUAUCAUAUGGAGGUGUACUAAGUUUCUUAUUUGCUCGCAUGAUUAACCGUUGGCUUUAGAAAGAUGUAAAUUUUAGAUGGUAGCAACUUUUAUAGAGAAACAAGUGUUGUGUAAGGUGCUUUAUUCAUAAUGAAUACAAAAGAUAUGCAUAUAUAUACAAACUGCACGGCUUUAUAUCA